UCAUGUGCGAAUCCAGUUUUAGCUUUAAAACUAUCCAAAAUGUAUCGCUUAACUUUAAUAGUUUUGAGUUUCUUCGUUUUGACGAAUGCUCAAGAAGAUUUUUUCGAUGAUUACGAGGAAAAUCCCUCAUCAUUUCCUGUAACUCCAGAGCAAGCUCGUGCUUUUACCUCAUCUCGCAUCAUCGCUGGACAACCAGCGCAACUUGGUCAAUUUCCCCAUCAAGCAAGAAUUUUCAUCCAUGUCUCUCAAACAGCUCGAAGUAUUUGUGGCGGCUCAGUCAUAUCCGAUUCUGUCGUUUUAACUGCUGCUCAUUGUACUUACCAAAGCUCAAAAUUCGAAUUAGGAUUCGGAUCCGUUGAGUCUAACAAUCCCGGUGUUUCAAUGACAUCAACUCGCAAAGCCGAACAUCGUCGUUACAAUCCCUCAAAUCUCAAUAACGACAUUUGUUUGAUUUUUCUCCCGAGAUCGCUUUCGUUUUCAAACACCAUCAAACCAAUUGCUCUUCCACGUUACAGCCAGCAAAGCCAAUCGUUCGAAGGUGCAAGAGCCACAGUUUCGGGACAUGGAAAAACUUCGGAUUCCAGUUCAAGCUCGAAUCGUUUGAUGUUCACGAGUGUCCAGGUGAUCAAUAAUUCUCAAUGUGCUCGAACUUAUGGAUCAAGCGUUAUUCGGGACUUUACGUUGUGUGUCGUUGGUGCUGAUAACAAACGUCAAUCUUCGUGCCAAGGAGACUCUGGAGGUCCAUUGAUCACAAACUCGAAUGGAGAAAACAUUCAAAUUGGUGUCGUUUCGUUCGGAUCUGGAAAAGGUUGUGAGACAGGAGAUCCAGCUGGAUAUGUUCGUGUUACAAGUUACUUGGAUUGGAUUAAGCAAAAUUCGGGAGUUUCAGCUCGACCUUAAUUUUUGAGGUUAGAGAAAAAAUGAAUGAAAUUUAAUAAAGUUCUGAUACAAAAAAAAAUAUUAACUUUUG